CAGGAUGGCGGAGAGACCCCCCAGCAGCCCCAGGGUGGCCUGGGAGGAGGUGGCGGCUCCCCGGGAGACCAGGUCUCCAGCGGAGCCCUACGCGGUGACCAUGGUCCAGCCGCUGCAGAUGGGCGAGACGCUGCCAGAGGAGAAUCCAGAGCAUCCAGAGCUCGAACCAGGAUGGGAUUCCGAGGGCAGCUGCUCGCUUUCUUCGCUUGACAGCAGCGAGUCGACCACGGUGUUUGGACUACACCUUGAGCCUUCUCAGGUGACAGACAUUGUCCUCAUUGCGAUCGAGGCCCUGACAGCAGAUGACAUCUCUGACAGGCAGAUGGGCAGCAACAUCCUGGACAUGGUCGUGCUAGACCCUGGCUACUGGCUGACGGACGUGCCAAAGUUCAUGAGGUACAUCCACAAAAACGUGGAGUGCAUCUGCACGGAGCCAGCCCGGCACAGCCUGGACUCCCUUCUCCUCCGAAUGACCGAGUGGUGCCCCAGAGAAGUGGUCAGGAGCCUGUUGAAGAUCUCGCCAACCUGUGACAGCGCUGCCCUGGCCAUGUGGGAGGUGAUGAUCUCCGUGCCUUGGAUUUUGUGGAGCGUCUUGACGGAGCUGCUCAGCGUGCUCCAGGACCAGCGGGUGCGCAAGGUGUUCAGCUGUGCCACGGAGGACGCCUGCAUCUAUCCCUUGGCUCUGCUGCUCUACACUGACAUUGACGCCGAGGAGUUUGCUGCCCUGUACAGAGCCCAGAGGUACCUGAGGCGUACAAGCUCAGUGAUGCUCUCGCUGGUGCUCAGUGUCCUCAUCACGCUUUCGAAAAAACCUAAGAUGGCAACAAAAAUGCAGGUCCUGCUGCCAGACAUCAUGGAGAACCUGCAGGAUGCCAACGCUGAUGCCAAGAUGAAGGCCCUGGUGUUCCUCAGGAGCAUGAUGGGUGACGCGAAGACUGAGGAGGCCAGCCUCAUUGCUGUGCAGCUGGCGGAGAAGCUCCCACCCCUCUUUGAUGAUGGCUCUGGGGCCACUCAGCCUCAGCUGCACAGCGGGCCCACAGCUCCUGUGUUCGGGAUCCGAGCCCAGAGCAUCUCCCCUCACAUCAGCCACGCUAACGCCCUUGCUCACCGUGGAUGUGAUGAAGGCCGUGGUGGGGAUAAACAAGAAAAAGAUGAAGAAGAGAGUGCAGAGGGUCCUGCUCCCGCUCUUCCUCCACAUGAGCGACGAGAUCGAGAGCGUGGCACAGGCCUCAAGGGACACCCUCCUCGCCUGUGCCGAGUUCCUGGGGUGGAGGAAGCUCAGCCACCUGGCCAAGACAAACCAGACGCACCUGAUCGGAGAGUCCUUGUUAGUGCACGACAGGAGCAGGGCAGAAGACUAUCUGUUUCAGAGCCUGCAGUACCUGCGCAACGCUCAGGCCACCUUGCGAGAGGUGGCUGUCAGGUUCAUUGGGCUUGCCGUGCAGCACCUGAGGAACCUAAGUCAGACCAAGGUGUGGAAUGUCUGCAACGCCCUCUUGCCCUUGAGGAGAGACACGGAGCGCUUGGUCAGCUCCCUGGCAGCUCAGACCGUCUUCAAACUGACAAAACGCGUGAGAACACGAGGAUGGAGCCGGCGGUGGCUGUGCUGCUGUCUCGGCUGAGCCAUGGAGAACUGAAAGAAUCCUCUGGAAAAGGGCCAUAGAUUUGAAUAAUUCUUUGUUUUUAAUAAAGCUGGAAUAACAAGCCCCGUCCCAUGGUGUCCUUCCCAUGGGGACCACCCUGAGCGGGCCGAGCAGACAGCGUCCCUCCUGGCCUCUGCUGCUGCCUGCAGGACAGCACCCGCGGACCCAGGCUGUCCUGGCAACAAAGCCCCAGCUGCGCCCCUAGACCACAAAGCCCGGAGGGGAGGAGGAGGAGAGAAGCUUUAGCCCAACCUGCCCCUCCUGAGACAUCUCAGGGCACGCAAAGGCAUCCAAGCUCCGCAAAGCUGGCGAGUCGUCAUUUCUCCCAGCAUCAAAAUCCUCUCUUGUUCCGCGGAGCUGUGCGGGCGUUGGCUGGGAUGGAGUUAAUUUUCUUCCUACUAGCUCCUAUGGGGCGAUGUUUUGGAUUCGUGAUGGAAACGGUGUUGAUCACACAGGGAUGUUUUCAUUAUGGCCGAGCAGUGCAGCCAUAUGAUAUAUGAUAUAGUGAUGACCCCAGCUGACCAAAGGGACGUUCCGUGCCGUAUGACGUCGUGCUCAGUGACAAACGUGGGGGGAGGCUGGUGGGGGGCUGCUGCCCGGGCAUCGGUUGGUCAGUGGUGAGCAAGUGCUUUCCUUUGCAUCGCUUGUCUGUCUCGGGGUUUAGU